GCGGCGCCCGGGCGGGCGGCUCUACUUAAAGCGGCGCGCGGGCCGCGACCCGCCACUCGCCUGGAGCGCGCGGGCGAGGCGGGCGCAGCGCACCGGGGCUCUCGUGGGCGCACUGCUGCGCGCUCGCACCGCGCGGCUCUCGGUGGCCGGCCGCCGCCGGAGCGCAGGGCUCCCCGGAUAAGAGCCGCUGCGGCUUCCGAUCGCGACCCCGCUCCCUGCCACUUGGCCCAUCCCGGCCACCUCUCUCUCUCCGUCUCUCUGUCUCUCUGUCUCUCUCUCUCUCUCUCUCUCUUUUUUUUUUUUUUGGCCAUGGCUCUGGCGGACAGCACCCGAGGAUUACCCAACGGGGGCGGAGGCGGCGGUGGCAGCGGCUCGUCGUCGUCCUCGGCGGAGCCGCCGCUCUUCCCGGACAUCGUGGAGCUGAACGUAGGAGGGCAGGUGUAUGUGACCCGGCGCUGCACCGUGGUGUCCGUGCCCGACUCGCUGCUCUGGCGUAUGUUCACGCAGCAGCAGCCGCAGGAGCUGGCCCGGGACAGCAAAGGCCGCUUCUUUCUGGACCGGGACGGCUUCCUCUUCCGCUACAUCCUGGAUUACCUGCGGGACUUGCAGCUCGUGCUGCCGGACUACUUCCCGGAGCGCAGCCGGCUGCAGCGGGAGGCCGAGUACUUCGAGCUGCCGGAGCUCGUGCGUCGCCUCGGGGCGCCCCAGCAGCCCGGCCCGGGGCCACCGCCGCCGCACUCGCGCCGCGGGGUGCACAAGGAGGGCUCGCUGGGCGACGAGCUGCUGCCGCUGGGCUACGCGGAGCCCGAGCCGCAGGAGGGCGCCUCGGCCGGGGCGCCGUCGCCCACGCUGGAGCUGGCUAGCCGCAGCCCGUCCGGGGGCGCGGCGGGUCCCCUGCUCACGCCGUCCCAGUCUUUGGACGGCGGCCGGCGCUCCGGCUACAUCACCAUCGGCUACCGCGGCUCCUACACCAUCGGGCGCGACGCCCAGGCGGACGCCAAGUUCCGGCGGGUGGCGCGCAUCACCGUGUGCGGCAAGACGUCGCUGGCCAAGGAGGUGUUUGGGGACACCCUGAAUGAGAGCCGGGACCCCGACCGGCCCCCGGAGCGCUACACCUCGCGCUAUUACCUCAAGUUCAACUUCCUAGAGCAGGCCUUCGAUAAGCUGUCCGAGUCGGGCUUCCACAUGGUGGCGUGCAGCUCCACGGGCACCUGCGCCUUUGCUGGCAGCACCGACCAGAGCGAGGACAAGAUCUGGACCAGCUACACCGAGUACGUCUUCUGCAGGGAGUGAGCUCCCCACGCCCGCCCCUCGCCACCCCGGCGCCCUCUUCCCUUCCUCCCCGCGGGGGACAGGAUUAUAGAUGCCCUCGCUUCCUCCCUGUCUCCCGAUUCGAUUCCUUCCGCCCCCGCCCCCAGGUCCCCCCUCCCCAGUAGCUCACCCGUCUGCACCCCACUUGAGACUCUGCAGCCACAAAUCCUCUGGGCUUCUUCGUCUUCUUUGGACCCCACUAACCGAGAGAGUACUCAGAUGUAGCCCUUCACUCCUCUGCUCCUGGCCUCCAACCACCCUUCCCCCCAGAUUGUCGUGAUGUAGUGGGACAGUGCGGGCGCAGUCACCAAGUACCCGGGAAUGACUGAAUUGUUAAGAACCCGAUUGCACGAUUGGUGUCCAGCGUGCAGUGUGGAGGAGUCCUUGAAAUCUUAAACCUUUUGACUCCGUAGCGCUUUCAGAGAUGAGAACUGAGAGCGCUGCGUGGAGCUCAGUUAUUAAAAGGUUGUUACAGACUUGAUCCUCAUUAGAAAGAUAGUUUUAGACAAUUGAAUGGAAGAACGUAUGCUGGAAUUAAGACCCCAUGGAGGCAGUUCAGAGACUGUAAAUAAAGUGAUUUUUUUUUUUUUUAUUUUAAAGUUACAGGUAGAAGUAAAGUCUAGUACUGGCAACACGGGAGAGUUCGAUUUGUCCCCACACAAUAGAGCUCCUGUGGCUUAAAAUUGUAGGAGGCAAUCCUCCUGCCUGCUGAGGCGCCCUUUCUCUUCAGCUCUUUGCCUGUUGGUUAAGGCAGUACUUCUAGGCUAGGAGCUGGCAGGGAGCAGGAGGCAAGGCUGCCCAGGCCCGCAGCGCUGCUGCAAGAAGUCACCUGGCAGUGACCAAGUAAUGCAGGAGUGGUUAGUUGGGACAGCCAGCCCUUACUUAGGUCUAGGACUGUGGGAGGGUUGGGGAGGGAGGAAAGAGGGGGGAAGGGCGGGAGGGAGGAGGGGACAUACUCAUUUAUUAUUUGAAAGUUGGAAGUUUGUAUAAUCCAUUUGAGUACGUGCACAUUUAAAAAAAAUAUGAAACUACGUGUGAACUUAGAUUUUAUCAAGAUUAGUAAAAGACCCAUCUUCAGCUAGAAGCCUAUCAAGCUAUUUUGAGUUCUAAACUUAGUUGCUAAUACUUGUAUAACCUAACCAAAGAGUUACCUAGCAGAGUUUUAGUGACUUGAACAUUUAUUUUUCUUGUUGGUUCUGUUUCCUUAUUUAUAGCUUAUUUACUUAAGCAACAUAAGUUUGAUUUUAGUUACUUAAGACUUAAGAUCUCUUAUUAUUAGUAGUAGUAGUAGCAUUUUUAAAGUGCUGUUUUCUGCAAGCCCAGCAAGUGUGGGCUGCUGGGCAGUUCUGAAAACCGGAACAACGCUAUUUCUUCCAUGCGUUUGUUUGACGUUGCAAAGACAGAGCUGAAGAUGAACAUAAGCACCGGGAGCUGCCCGUCUGUAGAUAGCUGUGAAGUGGAAUGUUUUUAAAUGAAGGCAAAUAAAUACUUGAGUGUGAGCCGAGCAAUAACACGGUGAUCUAGGGGAGUGCAACAGAAGCAGGAGACCUGGUUGCCUUAUUGCCUUUAUUCUCACGUGGUAUGAAUUGCCAGUGUGUACCCUGCGUACACCACAGCUGAAAGGAGGUGAAUCCCUAUGCUCGCUUCCUGCUGAGAGGCGUCCUGUGGAUAAUCUGUGAUUACGGAGAAGCCUUUGUGUGUGUGUGUGUGUGUGUGUGUGUGUGUGUGUUUUAUCAUCUCACUCUGAAAUAUGUUUUUAAGGAUUUUUGUAAGAGCCAUUUGAAGUGUUUAGCACUAUUUUUCCUUGUCUUUUAAAAAACGAACCUUGUACUGUGUAUCUCAUCCUGUCCACGGCAGAUGUUAUGAACUGGGACGGUUUUAUUGUCAGACCCCUGUGAUCCAGUCUGUACAUACCAUAUAUAAACAUUUUACAUGAAUCAUUUAGUUUUUUAAUUCAUCUACUAAUGCUAUAAAAUUUCCUAUAUUUACCCCUGGUAACUUGCAUUUGAUGGUGUCUGUACGAAAGCCACGUGUCUUGGCAAGCUUCUCACAUCCUUGCCUGUGAACUUGGAUCAGGAAAACAUUCACAACACGAGGCUGGGUUUGCUCCAUCCAUUUGCUGGGAUGUUAGUUGUAUACUAAUCAUAUGUCAGUUAUCUGUCUACCUGUAUUCAAGCUAUUCAGCUUUUUAAUCCAGCCAUGUUUUCAUUUUACUUGGGAGAGAUUUAAGUUCUUUUGUUACUUUUUUUUUUUUUUUUUGAGAAAAGUUAGCUUCAUGAAUAAAGCCUGCAGUUUUAAAGAGAGGGACACAGGGACCCAGGAAGUUAUACGCUUUGAGCUUGUUCUUAGGUGGUGGAUCAGGUCAUGGCUCAGAACCUUUGUUUCAAGCCUGAAAUGAUUUAGGACUGUCAAUCACUGAUCAAGCAUGAGUGUCAGACUUCUCCCAUGCCAUGGAACAGUGUUAGAUUGCUUAAGAAAGAAAUGUACGAUUAAAAACACCUUUAGGACAGAUCAAAAUACACUGACAGAUGGCAGGAUGGAAGUUCUCGUUCCCCUUGUCAAAUCUGCCUAACUCUAGGAGCCAUGAGAGACUGCUGAAGCUUUGCCGUUUUGUCUGCAUUUAAAUCUGAAUUGUAUUUUCUGAAUUGAAAACUAUUCUGCUGUCUCACUAACACACAGACAUUUCUGUACCUUCCACCACACCCUGGCUGGUCUGUUAUUUUAAAGAUUGGGACGUUAGUGUUAGGGACAGUACAUGGACCUCCUACUGGAAGAGACUGUGCCCUCUGCUGUUGGGGCCAAUGCAUGGAAACUUUGUGCUUUUUAAGCCUGAAGUUAAGUCUGAACAGCCAUCUUAUUCUAUGAUAGGUAAGUAUGAAUGAGUCAGGAUGACGUGGCAUGUGUACUAUCCUUUCCAUGUGCUUUGGAUCAUAGAAGAAACCUUUAGGGCUUAUAAAAUGUUCUAAAAUAUUGGUCAGCCUCCAUGAAUCUGAUGACUGCACCAAACAGAACAGAGCUCUCAACAGCAUCUUUGAAAUGACCCAGGAGAAUGUUAAACACUAUUCCAAUAUUCAUGACUGCAUUAAUCUGUCUCAGAGAGGUGGUCAUUUGCAUAUGUUGAUCAAAUUACCAUUUGAUGCUCAUAAAUAAUGGAAUGACAUUAGGUUUAUUAAGUAAUUUUUAAAAAGAAAUGUUGAUAGUCAUUGUGGCUGUAAAAAAAAAAAAAUCAAAACAAAACAGGUACCAGGUUCCAUGCUUGUUUAUCAGAUGUUCAACAUGUCUGUUUUUUAAUACAUGUAGAUUACAAACCACAUUCAUUCGAAAAUUUCAAACAUGUAAAGGAAAAUAUUCCUUGAAGGUGUGAGAAAUUUCCCCCUUUUAAUGCUAUUUUUGUUUUAGUGUUUCUUAUUUGUUUAUUUUCAAUUGCUAGCAAAGUGAUAAUAUUAGCCCAAAUUGUCUUCAUUUUCAGAAGAGAAUCAUAGAUCUGUAUGCCUGCUGCUUCUCUGAGGAAAUACAUGAUGUGCAAAUAUCCAGAGAAUACUGGCAGUGCUUACAACGUGGUCUAAUUUCUAUGGUUGGUUCCAUGUAAUGUUGUUAUUACAUUAAAGCCAUGUAUUAAGAAGCUUUGAUAAUUUUUUUUUAACUAUUCAUAUUAUGGUAAAUUCCAAUCUAGUAUUCAAAUCAUUUUUGUACUCCUAUAUGUAAAAUAAACUAUAUAGAUAUUUAGAAAAUUAUUGAGUGAAGGAAGUGAAUUCGUUAAGAAUUUCUUUUAUGGUCUAAAAUUACAAGUACCAUAAAACUGACAUGUUUUAAAAAUAGUAAAUUUGGUAUUUUUUUUUGUAAAACUCUUAGUUACAUCUUUGCUUGAAAUUUUUAUUGUUUUCCCUCACUACAAAUCUUUUAAAAUCUGAAUAUUUUGGAUAACUUAAGCCUCUCUCUCCCAAGGAAUGAAUAAAACACAGUGUUCUUAUUCCCUGAGUCUAUAGUACUUGGAAGAAGUUUUCACACACCUGGAAAUAGGUUGUGUUGUAGCUAAUUUUUCUUUGUGACAGUUUUGGAUAGUACAAAUCUCAGAACAUUAAUACUGGAGGAUUUAGAUUCUCUCCAGGGCCCAUGAAACAAAGAUGGAAGAACCCUAGCAGAAGACCUCCACUGGAGUCAGCUGUUGGAUGGUAGGAGGUCGACCAGUUGACCAAGAAUGCUUGCCACUUUAUUUUAUAAUGUUUAUCCGAGCCAGUUGUGUUUAUUUAAAAAGCGUUUUGAGGUGUGCAGACAUCAAUUGUGAUGUAAACUUAUAUACAACUGUCUUUGUGACUUGAUAGCCAUGUAAACUUUGCUAUAACUAUUGAAUACAAAUGAUAUACACUCAUCCUUUACCACCAUUAGUAUCCAUUUGAUGACAAAGGAUUGAAACAUUCAUCAUGGUUACACAUUUUGAACAUGUAAAUUAAAUUUUCUGGGUAUUUACAAAAAUGCUGUUUGUAAUAAUUAUUUGGAUUCUGACAUGUUGAAAACAUUAUUUGCUAAGUGAUACAUAUCUUUGAGCUGUUUCUUAAAAUCUAAGGGGACAUGGAAAAAUAUAAUAUCGCACUUUUCUAAUGAAACAUAAACCCAAGAAUAAAAGCCCCUCUAUAUAAAAAAGGAAACAAAAACACAUGGAUGAAAUCUUUUCAGAAGUGCUCAAACUUUGAAAUUGUCUUCAUCCAUCCAAAUACUCUCCUUCAUUUCUUCUAUUCACAACCAGUUGUAUAAUGGAAACACUCAAUUCUGGUUUCCCUGCUGUGUGUGAAGUAAUGAAUCAUUGAUUAUGUGACUUGUUAUGUAUUCUAUUAAACACUAAAGAAUAAAACAUUCACUCCUUUACUUAC